UCCGUCUAUAAAUAGCAGUAUUAGAGCAUGCACUAGAGAACGAAAAGCAUUUCACUAGAAAUAAUAUUGAAAACUGAAAACCAGAGAGAGAAAUCAUGAGUCGUGGAAACCAGGGAGAGCGUUCCGUUACCCUUGAAUUCGAUGGAGCAUCUAGUGGAAAUCCUGGAAGGUCUGGAGCAGGGGCUGUUUUGCGUGAUGGGAAUCAGGUUCAACGCUUCAGUCAAGGACUGGGCACUCAAACAAAUAAUUCUGCUGAAUAUCAAGGUUUAAUUUUGGGAUUGAAAGAAGCUGCAAACCAAGGAUAUGAUCGUGUUCAUGUUCGAGGUGACUCUCAGCUUGUUUGCAACCAGUUUGAGGGUUCCUGGAAAGUGAACAACCAGAAUUUAAGGGGCCUCUGUAAUGAGGCUCAACAGCUGAAGUCUAACUUUAAGUCAGUCACUGUCGAACAUGUUCCUAGGGGUCAUAACACUGAAGCUGAUGCUCAAGCAAGUCGGGGUAAAUAUCUCGGAGCUGGGCAAGUUGAAGGAGAUUAUUACUACAAGUGAUCAUUUGAUCAUCUGACAACAUGCCACUGUCAAAAAACAAUCGGCAACUAUGUUACUUUUCUUGUUUAGGUUAUGCUUACUACUAGUUUAGCAUUUAGGGGGUUUUACAUAUAACACUGCAUGUCAUGGUGCGUAUGUGCCCACUAAUUUGCUUAUGGACUUAAAAAUGCUGCUUUGAUUUUAUGUUAUGUAAGUAAUGAUGCUGGAUUUAUAUUUUCUACUUUAAUGUGCUUGUUUUCAUCUUUAUAA